GCCCAGGAGGCGCUGGGUGUACCGCGCUCUUACGGUACGUAUGCGAAAGUCGAUUCAGGUCGGAACAUUAACAGACAUACAGGCUACCCAGAUCACCUUAAUGAGAAUGGUAGAUAACCGUUACUUUUGGCGUUUGCACAAAAAGAUACGUAAUUUGCAAUAAUAAAGGGGCGAUAAAAACAGUUUCCCCACUAGGCACUGCCGCACUCCGUAUCUGAUAAGUCACUGACUGUUAAACACUUUUAACGGACAUGUUGUUUAAUCCCCGCUUAAUCCCUGCUGUGGAGCACAAGAAAGAGGCUGCUCGGGAUAAGAUCUAAAACGCUCGCCACGAUUCGCCAAACUCUGGGAGAAACCACGCGUCCGGUUUUCCACAAAUGUCACCUCUGCUGAUCCGCGCCGCGUGAUGCAAACGGGAGCCGCGCGCCGGGCAGGAGGAGUGCGCGGGAAGGACGCGCGCCCGAAGUUGCGCGACACUUUUCGCCGGAAUGCGCCGGUUUCUCUUCGGAGAUAAACUGGCCACUUUAACGGCGGCGGCGGCGGCGGCGGCAAUAAUAAUAACGCGGCAAAGUGGACGCGAGUCGAGGAAACUAACUAAGACUAAGUGCGCCGUUUUGUGUCCGCCUGGUUUUCUGGCACAAUUCUUAAGCGCCAAUUUUGGAUGAAGGCGGAGCGGCGCGUCCCUCUUCCAGCGGCGAGGACACCGGGAGGUUCGGACGCACUUUAACUUUAACGUCGGCCGGGCUCCUCCCGCGGAGCGUCCCUCUUCCUCCACCCCGACCCGAAGAACAAGAAGAAGAAGAAGAAGAAGCAGGCGUGAAGGCGAGCUGUGGGCGCGCGCACUGCCGCGGCGAUCCGACGAUGGCUACCUGCGCCGCCACGUUCACGUUGUCCCUCCUCGUGCUCAGUGUGACAGCUGCCUCCGCAGCCGAUGCAGAGGAAAGGCUGGUGAACUACCUGCUGGGCCCAGAGCGCUACAAUAAACUCAUCCGGCCAGCGGUGAACAAGAGCCAGCAGGUCACCGUCGCCAUCCAGGUGUCCCUGUCCCAGCUCAUCAGUGUGAAUGAGAGGGAGCAGAUCAUGACCACCAACGUGUGGCUGAACCAGGAGUGGCAUGACUACCGGCUGAUGUGGGACCCCCAGGAGUACGAGGGCAUCACAAAGCUGCGCAUUCCGUCCCACCACGUCUGGCUGCCCGACAUAGUCCUCUACAACAAUGCUGAUGGGACGUAUGAAGUUUCUUUUUACUGCAACGUUGUCGUGUCCAACACGGGUGAUGUUGCCUGGCUGCCCCCUUCCAUUUACAAAAGCGCCUGCAAAAUAGAGGUGAAGGACUUCCCCUUUGACCAGCAGAACUGCACCCUAAAAUUCCGCUCCUGGACCUAUGAUCAUACAGAGAUUGACAUCAUCCUCACCAGUGACUUUGCCAGUCGCGAUGACUUCACACCUAGCGGCGAGUGGGAUAUCGUAUCUCUGCCAGGCAGAAGGAAUGAGGAUCCGAAUGACAUCACUUACCUCGACAUCACCUAUGACUUCAUCAUCAAACGGAAGCCUCUGUUUUACACCAUCAACCUCAUCAUCCCCUGCGUGCUCAUCACCUCCUUGGCCAUUCUCGUUUUCUACUUGCCCUCUGACUGUGGUGAGAAGAUGACUCUCUGCAUCUCUGUCCUGCUGGCCCUCACUGUCUUCUUGCUCCUGAUUUCCAAAAUUGUUCCCCCGACCUCACUGGCUGUGCCUCUGAUCGGCAAAUACCUGAUGUUUACCAUGGUGCUGGUGACCUUCUCCAUUGUGACCAGCGUGUGUGUACUCAACGUACACCAUCGAUCACCCAGUACCCACCACAUGCCUGACUGGGUUAAAAGGGUCUUUCUGCACAAGCUGCCUACGUUCCUCUUCAUGCGACGGCCUGGCAGUUCCAACAUCCGGGAAAAAUUUCGUCGGAAACAUCGGCGUAGGUCCUUCCUGGACCUCGGGCUGGGGAGAACUGAUGUGGACUCCUUCUAUAUCAAUGAGGAGUCUGCCAGGAAGUACGGCUGGAGGAUCAGCGACUACCCAGAGCAUGCGGAGUUCCGGAGGAGGAUGACCAUCAAGUGUGACACAGGUGUGGAAGAGGCGGUGGAUGGGGUGCGCUACAUUGCUGAGCACCUGAAGAGUGAGGAUGAUGAUGAGGGCGUCAUCGAGGACUGGAAGUACGUGGCCAUGGUGAUUGACAGGCUCUUCCUGUGGAUCUUCAUCCUGGUGUGCGUAGUGGGUACCUUGGGCCUCUUCAUGCAGCCACUGUUCCAGAGCUACAGCACGCCUGCCACCGUUGAUGAGUAAAACACUGUAAAGAAGGAAAAAACCAAGGA